CGUGCUCAAACGAGAUUUCCGGUUGCGCUUGCGCAUUGAGGUGGCCACGUAUUUUGGGACAACAUAAACAAAUUUGACAAUAUUUAGCCGACAACAUGCCUCUUAGACUUGAUAUCAAGCGAAAGUUGUCAGCUCGCUCAGAUCGAGUGAAGACAGUUGACCUUCAUCCUUCAGAACCAUGGAUGUUAGCUAGCCUUUAUAAUGGCAAUGUUCAUAUCUGGAACUUUGAGUCACAGGAAAGUAAUACACCACAACUGAUAAAGUCGUUUGAAGUAUGUGACCUGCCUGUUCGAACAGCCAAGUUUGUGGCCAGGAAAAACUGGGUGCUUACUGGCUCUGAUGACAUGCAUGUCCGAGCAUACAACUACAACACUCUAGAGCGAGUCCACCAGUUUGAAGCUCACAGCGACUACAUCCGCUCAAUCGCUGUCCAUCCAACCCAGCCAUACUUUCUCACAAGCAGUGACGACAUGUUGAUCAAGCUAUGGGACUGGGAUAAGAAGUGGACGUGCACGCAGGUGUUUGAGGGGCACAGCCACUAUGUGAUGCAGAUUGUUAUCAACCCGAAGGAUAACAACACAUUUGCCAGCGCAUCACUCGAUCGAACAGUCAAGGUGUGGCAGCUAGGGUCCCCGAACCCCAACUUUACACUGGAGGGUCAUGAGAAGGGUGUUAACUGUGUGGACUACUACACAGGCGGGGACAAACCGUACCUCAUCUCAGGAGCUGACGACAGACUCUGCAAGAUCUGGGAUUACCAGAACAAGACAUGUGUUCAGACACUGGAAGGUCAUGCCCAGAACAUCGCAGCCGUUGCCUUCCAUCCAGAACUUCCAAUCAUUAUGACUGGGUCGGAAGAUGGUACUGUGCGUAUCUGGCAUGCCAACACGUACCGCCUCGAGUCCACCCUAAACUACGGCCUUGAGCGUGUGUGGACCAUCGCUUGUUCUCGUGGCUCCAACAAUGUUGCUCUCGGAUAUGACGAAGGCAGCAUUAUCAUUAAGUUGGGCCGUGAGGAGCCAGCCAUGACAAUGGACUCAAGUGGCAAGAUAAUCUGGGCGAAACACAGCGAGAUCCAGCAGGCAAAUAUCAAGGCCAUGGGCGAUCAGGAGAUAAAGGAUGGGGAGAGACUGUCCCUGGCUGUCAAGGAUAUGGGGGCGUGUGAGAUCUAUCCCCAGAAUAUACAGCAUAACCCCAACGGCAGGUUUGUGUGUGUCUGCGGUGAUGGUGAAUACAUAAUCUACACAGCCAUGGCACUCAGAAACAAGAGCUUUGGCUCGGCCCAGGAGUUUGUGUGGAGUAAUGAUUCCUCCGUGUACGCCAUUAGGGAGGGAAGUAGUAUGGUGAAAAUCUUCAAGAAUUUCAAGGAACAGAAGUCAUUCAAGCCCGACUUUGGGUGUGAAGGUAUUUAUGGUGGAAACAUGCUGGGUGUCCGCUCAGUAAGUGGUCUGGCCUUCUAUGAUUGGGAGUCCACGGAACUUGUACGCAGAAUCGAAAUCACACCCAAAAAUAUAUUCUGGAGUGAGAACGGAGAGCUGGUGUGUAUCUCCACAGACGAUUCCUUCUUCAUCCUCAAGUAUAAAGCUGAGGCCGUGGAACAAGCCCAGGAUAACAAGGACUUGGUGACGGAGGAUGGGAUUGAGGAUGCAUUUGAUGUUGUGGGUGAGAUAGAGGAGGUGGUGAAGACGGGAGUGUGGGUGGGGGACUGCUUCAUCUACACGAACAGUGUCAACAGACUAAACUACUACGUGGGUGGGGAGAUCGUUACCAUAGCACAUCUGGACAGGGUGAUGUACAUUCUGGGCUACAUACCAAAAGAUAACAGACUGUACCUCGGGGACAAGGAACUCAAUGUUAUCAGCUACUCCCUUCUGCUCUCUGUACUCGAGUACCAGACUGCCGUCAUGAGACAGGACUUUGAGACUGCAGACAAGGUGUUACCCACAGUGCCACGGGAACAUCGGACCAGAGUGGCCCACUUCCUAGAGAAACAGGGUUUCAAGUCUCAAGCAUUGGCUGUUACCUGUGAUCCGGAGCACAAGUUUGAGCUUUCUGUACAGCUGAGUGACUUGAAGACAGCCUACCAGAUUGCAAAAGAACUGGAGGGUGAACAGAAGUGGAAGCAGUUAGCAGAACUAGCAAUACAGAAGUGUGAGUUUGGCCUGGCGCUUGAAUGUCUUCAUCAUGCCCAGGACUUUGGGGGAUUACUGCUGCUGGCGAGCUCAGCGGGAAACGCCGAGAUGCUCGGGAAACUUGGGGAAUCUGCUGAGAAGGCCGGGCAGAAUAAUGUUGCCUUCCUUUCUCAUUUUGUCCUUGGAAGACUAGAAAAUGCCCUAGAUGUUCUUGUCAACACUGGUAGAUUACCAGAGGCAGCUUUCUUUGCAAGGACCUACCUACCCAGUCAAGUCUCAAGGGUGGUGAAACUGUGGAGGGAAUCCUUAAACAACAAGAAAGCUGCCAGCUCCCUGGCGGACCCCACAGAGUACGAGAACUUAUUCCCAGGAUUUAGCGAUACAGUCAAGUGUGAGCAGUUCCUUAAACCACAGAGAAUGAGGAGAUACCCAGCCAAGUCAAACCCACAGGUUCCUCCCAACUCAGAACGUAAACCACUGGAGGAAAUGGCUGCUGCUGAAGAGAAAGGUGCAUUCAGCUAUCAGCCCCCGAGGCCAGAAGGGGAGGAUGAGGACGAAGACCAGUUUGAAGAGGCGGCGGAGUCUCAACAGCCACAAAAACAAGAUAAGGAUUUAGACUGGGACAGUGAUCCAGAAGCUGAAACCCAGAAACCUGAGGAAAAACCUAGUGAACCAGUCCCAGAACAAACUCCACAAGAGGCAAAAAGUGCAGAGCCUGAGCAACCGCAGUUGGGUGCCAAGGAGAUGGAGGACCUAGAAAAAGAAUUGGAACUGGACCUAGAAAACUUAGACGUCAAUGUUGAUGCGGGUGAUACAGAAGGGACGCAGGACAUAGACUUAGAUGAAAACUUGUUAGAGGAUUAAUAAACAGACUGUGAAACUAAAUAUUACAAACUUCUGUGAAAACAAAUGUGAAAGACUUCUGCAGACUUUAUACAUCUGGAUCAGACUUUAUCACUGUGGGACAAAAAGGAAUUGGUGUGGAGUUUUCAUGAAUAUAUUGUGCAAUUGGAAUACGUCAUGUGAAGUGGUUCAUUUCCUUGGUUUGUUAAGUAUAUUAGUCUAUUGCAAGUAAUGCCUCAAUGAUGAUUCAGCCAUCAUAGGCACUUACAAUACACAUUCUGUUAACACUCAAUAAAUGCUGUGGGACAAAACGUAUCUUGCAUGUGUAAUUCAUUUUAAUAGCCAAAUAAAAAAAAAAAUGUUGGUUUUACUUAUAAAAAAAACAGUUUAUCAUGAAUAUUACUUCCUCAAAAUGUCUCAGAACACUACAAAAUGAGAUUAUAACUCAAAUUUUACUUAAACAGUGUGCUUAGCUUCAUCUUGUUUUAAGGAACAUUUAGCCUUCUAACUUAUUUUUUUACAGCAGUAAUGUUACAUGAUGUGAAUUCACACAAUUUGGGAAUGCACAAUGUGUGUAGCAAUGUUAAAGUACUUUCGUUACUUGUUUAAUGGCAUUACAUUUCUAUAAUUAAAAUGGCUAUUUAUUUAACUAAUAAAUGCUCGAGUAUUUCGAAACUUUUUCGCUUCAAAUGCACAAACAGAACACACCAUGGAAACGAAUGCUUUGAAGUGUUGUCUUCUACUGUAUAGUUGUACACUAUGAUGAUAUGGUUAUACAAUAUUUAUUGCUGGUAUUUUGAGAGAAAUAUUAUUUGUUUCUUGUAUAUAUAGAUAUUUUACAUUACAUUAACAAUCGUUGAAGUGCUAGUAAGCAUUUUAUGGCUCUUUGUUAUAAAACAUGAUUGCAUGUUGCGAGACUUUAACAACAUUACAUGCAUGUGUUUUUGAUUUCUAAUGUCGCAUUUUGGUUGGCACAUAUUGUAUUUAAAUGAGCAACUGAAUGAACAGUUACCAUGGACAUGCUAUUACAUUAGUGAAGGAUGUUUCAGUGAAUUCUAAAGAAUAUAAGAUUAACAUGUGUGUAUUAUUCUUCUGUACAGCAGGAUGUAUAUUUCUCAUUUCCGUACAUACACUUCAUGAAGUCAAAAUAAAUGUGAUAAGCUAA